GUCCACUCUGUCUGUGUCUCCUGUGUGCAAGAGCCACUCAAUCACAAGAAGAACCGGAGCAAACACCAAACCAACAACUUGCAACAGCGAAGAGGACAAAAGCGAGUACAUGUGUGUACACAUGCGUAGAUACAGACGAACACAAGCUGUAGGCUGUAGACUGUACAUGAGUGUCAUCACAUCCAUCCAAGCAGAGGUGGUCAUGUGUUGUUGUCAUUCUCUGCUUCUUGAUGCAUGAAUGCCAACAGUUGGUUCAUCAUGUCAAUGAGUCUUCCGACCGAAACACUCGCGGCCGUCGUCCGAGACGAGGAGUUUCGCAUCCUCUUUUUCAGUUGCUCCCUCAGUGACUUUAUUCUGGCCUCCAGCAGCCGCACCUUUCCGUGCAGCUCGGCCUCCCCCGCUUUGUAGCCAACCUCACACUCAUUCAUUGGGGCCUCUGUUCGCGGCUGUGUCUCCUCUGCUGGUCGCUGUGCCUCCGUCAGCUGCCUCUGCAGGUCCUCCACCUCCUUGAUCUUCUCCGCCAGUGCCGUCUCGCCACGGUGACACUCUUCCUUCAGCCGCUCCACCUCCGACGUCAGCUCCAUCAGCUGCUCUGCUUGGUCGGGGGCGAGUGCCUCCGACUUGGCAGAAGGCGACUCCUGAGCCUUCUCGUACAGCUCUAUCUGCGCUCGGGCGGCAGCGUAGUCGUCCGACAUCUUCUUGUAGUCUUCCGAUACCUUUUUGUAGAACUCGAAAAUCUGAGCUGAGUAGGACUGCAGCUGCUCAUUGUGGGCCUGGAGCUGUCCGACACGGUCCUCCAGCUCUUUGAUGCGCUGCUCGCUGUCCUCCAUAUCAGCAUACGAGAAGGGGAGGGAAGGAAGAAACCGCC